AUGGUCUUCAAAACCCUUACCAAGCUGGCUCUGCACCACUACAAGCACACCAAGCAGUACCAGUGUCCUUUGUGCGAGAAAUCCUUCAAAGUUCCCCACUCCAUGAUGGUCCACAUCUCCAAUAAAGAGAAAAUAUUCACGUUCACUUGCCCCAUCUGUGGCAGAGGGUUCAUCCAACGCAGCCUCUUCCGCACCCAUAUGGAACUCCACGAGAAUAGCAAGAAGUACCAGUGUACUUUAUGUGAUAAGAAGUUUAACACCAAAAGGUACCUGCAAAGUCACGAAAGGUUUAAUCACAAGAAGGAGCUGUUUAACAUCGAGGAGGUGUUCCAGUGCGAGUACUGCUCCAGAACCUUCAGCUUCAAGCGUUCUUUGAAGCGCCAUCUGAACUCGAUCCAUAAAGUCGGCGAGAAGAAGACUUACCAGUGUCACGUCUGCUCUAAGGUGGUGACUAAUAAGUACAGCCUCACCGUGCAUUUGAGGCUGCACACUGGCGAGAAGAAGUUCCAGUGCCAGGUGUGCGGAGAGAAAAUGCCCAGGAAGCAGUACUUGAUGAGGCAUCUCUUUAGCAAACACGGCAUUGGCCAUAGCAGGCCUCAUUGA